AUGGCAGCGGCGGAAUCCGGGAGCCCCCCCGCGCUCCCCCUUCUGGGCCGCGUGGCCAUCGUCACCGGCGCCUCCCGCGGGAUCGGCCGCGCGAUCGCCGCCCACCUCGCCUCCCUCGGCGCCCACCUCGUAGUCACCUACGCCGCCAGCGCCGCCCAGGCAGAGCUCCUCGCGGCGGAGAUCACCGCAUCGCCGUCGCCAUCCCGGGCAAUCGCCGUCCGCGCCGACGUCUCCAAGGCGGUGGAGGUGAAGGCCCUGUUCGAUGCAGCGGAGGCGGCCUUCGGCGGUGCCGCCCAUAUCCUCGUCUCAUCCGCGGGCGUGCUGGACCCCAAGUACCCGCCGCUGGCGGCCACGCCGGAGGAGGACUGGGACGCGACCUUCGCCGUGAACGCGAAGGGGGUCUUCCUGUGCUGCCGCGAGGCGGCGAACCGGCUAGUCCGCGGCGGCGGAGGAAGGAUCAUCAACAUCUCCUCCUCCGUGGUGGGGUCGCUGUUUCCGAGGUUCGCGGCGUACGCGGCGUCAAAGGCGGCGGUGGAGGCGAUGACGAAGGUGCUGGCGAAGGAGCUGCGGGGGACGGGGAUCACGGCGAACUGCGUAGCGCCGGGGGCGGUGGCGACGGAGAUGUUCUUUGCCGGGAAGAGCGAGGAGGAUGUGAAGAGGGCGGUGGAUUUGGUGCCUCUGGGCCGCCUCGGGGAGACCGAGGACAUCGCCCCCGUCGUCGGCUUCCUCGCCUCCGACGCCGGCCAGUGGAUCAACGGCCAGGUCGUCCGCGUCAAUGGCGGCUACGUCUAA